AUGAAUAAUUUCGGACGCUCAACCAACGAUUUCGAUGCAAGGCUGGUCAUUGGGCCGAUCCAAGUCGGUGGGCUUUUGAGUGCUGCACUAUUCGGUUGUCUUUUUUGCCAGUCCUACGUGUAUUUUGCAAGAUUCCCGAACGAUCACCUCACCCUGAAAGCAGCUGUCUCUGCAGUCAUCUUCGUUCAGCUAGGUCACUUUAUCUGCAUAAUAUCAAUAUUGUGGGCAAUGACUGUUAGCACCUACGGCGAUCCAUCACAACUCAGAGUGCUUCCUCUAGCGGCAGACCUGGCCAUACCAUUGAGCGCUUUCACAGCAUUCAUUGUGCAGUCAUUUUACGCGUUUCGACUUUGGAAGUUGACUCGAAAUAUCUUCUUACCCACUCUUUGCGAGAUCAUCUCUGUGACUGCACAAACUUCUACGCUCAUUCUCUCAUCGUACGCGUUUUCUAUGACGGACCUCACGACUUUUGAAGACAAUCGACUCCUGCUGAUUGCGCUCUCUCUCAUCGCACGCGCAGCUUGUGACGUGAUCACCACCAGUGGCAUAGUCUGGAGCUUAAAAAGGAAUCGAGGCUCUGACAUCGGAGACGUGACGACCACGACGAUCGACCGGUUGAUUUAUUGGACAAUCGAGACUGGUCUGGCUACUAGGUAUUUAGCUGUUUCAUAA